AUGUAUGUAUUAAAUACUGGAAGUUGGGAUAUAUAUAUGUGACAUAAUUUGUAUAUUAAAAAUUUGAAGUUCCUUGUUAAUUCAGGGACUUCCAAUAAUCAAAUGACAAUUUGCCCCAAAAUUCGAUCUGAAGGGAACAGCUCACAAGGCCCAACCUUCACUCUAAAUCUAUAAAUACCACCUCUCUGUACUCAUCUCCAACACACUCUCAACCUUCUCUAAAACCAUCAUCUUUGUAGUUUGUUCAUUUUGCUCAUUCUCAACCUUUUGAUCAUCACCAUGGGUGUCUUCACAUAUGAGAGCGAGUUCACCUCUGAGAUCCCACCACCAAGAUUGUUCAAGGCCUUUGUCCUCGAUGCUGACAACCUUGUCCCUAAGAUUGCUCCACAGGCAAUUAAGCAUUCUGAAAUCCUUGAAGGAGAUGGCGGCCCCGGAACCAUCAAGAAGAUCACUUUCGGCGAAGGCAGCCAGUACGGCUACGUGAAGCACAAGAUUGACUCCAUUGACAAAGAAAACCAUUCAUACAGCUACACCUUGAUCGAAGGAGAUGCUUUGGGAGACAAUCUUGAGAAGAUCUCUUACGAGACCAAGUUGGUGGCAUCCCCCAGCGGAGGAUCCAUCAUCAAGAGCAUCAGCCACUACCACACCAAGGGAGAUGUUGAGAUCAAGGAAGAGCAUGUCAAGGCUGGCAAAGAGAAGGCCUCAAAUCUCUUCAAGCUCAUUGAGACCUACCUUAAGGGCCACCCCGAUGCCUACAACUAAGUUGAUCAGAUGUCUCUGUGAUGCUUGGGUCUUGCCUUUGCUAUUUGAUCAGUCGAAGAAGAUUUGUGUGGCUUUUCUUGUUGCUUUCUAGUCAGUCCAAAGUAGCCACAGGGUUGUUGGGCACUUGGGCUUGAAAAUAAGUGUGUAUGGGUUGUGAUCUUCUGGUUGCUUUUGAUGUUUUUGUUUGGAUCAAGUUGCAGAGCACAGUGUAUUUAUCUUCUAUAAAUAAAUUAUAUAAUGGAACUUCCUUGUAAUGAAAUGUUUUACUUGCAAACAA